AUGAGCAAGUAUGAAGUGCUCCAAGGGUUUUACGCCGUUCAUGACGAGUUAGGGUCUGGAGGGUUCGGGAAGGUUCGGUUAGCGACUCAUCUUCUUACGAAUCAAAAAGUUGCCAUCAAAAUCAUAGAUAAGAAACAGUUAGGACAUGACUUGCCGCGUGUUCAGACUGAGAUGGAUGCUCUACGCAAUCUUUCCCAUCAGAACAUUUGCCGUCUCUACCAUUAUAUUGAGACAGAAGACAGGUUUUUCAUUGUUAUGGAGUACUGCAGUGGAGGUGAGAUGUUCGAUUAUAUUGUCCGGAAGGAGCGUCUCGAAGAGUCGGAAGCUCGUCAUUUCUUCCGUCAGCUUGUCAGUGCUAUCGCCUUUGUCCAUUCACAAGGAUAUGCACAUCGCGACUUAAAACCGGAGAAUCUUCUUCUCACAGAAGACUUGCAUCUGAAGCUGAUCGAUUUCGGGUUAUGCGCAAAAACGGAGAAAGGCCGAAUCGACAAGCAUCACCUUGAUACAUGCUGUGGAUCACCUGCCUAUGCGGCACCUGAGUUGAUACAGGGACUUCCUUAUAAAGGAAAUGAAGCAGAUGUGUGGUCAAUGGGAAUCUUGCUGUACACUCUUCUUGUCGGUGCAUUGCCAUUCGAAGAUGAUAAUAUGCAAAUAAUGUAUAAAAAGAUUCAGUCGGGCUGUUUCUACGAGCCGGACUUUCUAUCUCCAAUGAGUAAGCAAUUGUUACGGGCCAUGUUGCAAGUUAUACCAGAGAGAAGAAUAACAAUCAAGAAGCUUCUGGAACAUGAUUGGCUCAAUCACAAAUACACACAACCCGUCAAAUGGAACACUAUCUAUGAUAAAAAUUUCAUUGACCGCGAUGUCGCUCGAGUGAUGGCGAGGUACUAUGGUCUGGAAACGACAGAUAAAAUGAUCGAGAAGAUCAAAGAAUGGAAAUUUGACUACAUGACGUCGACCUAUUAUGCUCUACUCCAUCGCAAAAGAAACCAUCUGGAAAUCAUUCUCCCGAUGACAAGAAAUGCGACUAACACGGCUCCUGUGAAUGUUCAAAACAUCCUUUGCUCGCCCACUAUUCACGCAUCUCUCGAUAAUAAUCUUGACAAGUCUGGAUUGGAAGAUGGAGAUUCUAGCUCCGAUCCAUCGAGCAUCUCUCCUUCAGAUAUCGCUGCUCAAUUGAAGAAGAGCUGCGAUGUUUCAGACGGAAAAUCGAAGUUCGCAAAACCGUUAUCUCCAGAGAGUAAGAAGAUGUCGUACGUUAAUGCGAUGCUCGCGAUGCCUUCACAAUUCACCGGACGAUCACCUCUUCGUAUUCCUGAGUCACCGGUUUCAGUUCACAGUAGUGAUACAGCAAGUCUCGGAUCAUCCACACCAUCUCGUGGUGUGAGUAGAGACACAGACAAGGAGAACACUGGCAACAACAAGAACUACCGUAUGGGUGCAGCAACGUGCAAGGCUCGUGGACCGCUCAAGAUAACAGGAUUAGAAGAUGGAACUCUUCGAAGUGUCUACACGACUCCAAACAACCGACCAACGCUACGUGGCAUCUUCAGUCCAGGAAAUUCUGAUUCGUCUCACAAGAAUCGGCAGAGAGCUCGCUCUUCAGAUCGCGCUAGUAUUGGAGCAGCAUCUGGGGCUGGCUCACCGAUUUCUAUUGGAAGUACUCAUAGUGGAAACGAGCCUUUAGCCGACGGUCGAACACCAAGAAGCCGUACAAAAACGAAUCGCCUUCCACAACGUGUGUUCACUUCGUUGGAACGGAAGAAGGAGAAAUUAAUCACGCUGUUGACGCCUCGAAAAAUGCAGAGAGAUUCUCCACAGGUGCUGAAGGACGUUAAGAAUAUGGUGAACGUGUCGAUGACAGCGAAGCAAGAUCCAGAAGACGUCAGAAAUAUGUUGAAGGCAGUUUUCGAUGAAGAGAAAAUGCGCUAUGAGCUGAAUGGAUGGAAGUUCUUGGCGACGAAGGAGACUGUUCACGGUUGGAUGACUGUGGAAUUAGAAAUUGUUCGACUACAAAUGUUCGAUAAAGUCGGAAUUCGCCGUAAACGUCUGAAAGGAGACGCAUUCAUGUACAAGAAGGUCUGCGAGCACAUUCUCUCAAUGGCCAAAAUUGAUUAA